AUGAACCGUGCUGUCAGAGCUGCACGCACCUUUGCGACAUAUACCACUGUCGCUGGGGCCGCUUCAUUCGGGACCUUCCUUGCUUACACUCGCCACGCCGAAUUUGUCCCAUUCUCAGUUCAAGAUGACCCGAUUGUCGCCUCCACUGCUUACAAGAAGUUCAACGCAUUCGGCAACGACGGCGCCCACGAUUUAUGCGUCAGACGGGUUCCGCUGGGCGAAAUCAGGGAGGAGUACCUUCAAGGCGAUGGGAAGCUGGUAGAGAAGUUUUGUGGCGGGAUAUGGGCCGAGUUCGGCUACGACAUCCAGCGAAAGUACUUGGAGCGGAAAUAUCGCGGGCCAGCGACUGCCACCGACCUCUGGGACCCGCCAGAGCUCAAGGGCUCGACUUACCCGGUGGGCACGCGAGUCACGGACCACUUUGAAGUUCUGGAACACACUGCCAGUAGUAUUACUCUCAGAGCUGGCGAUUCCCCGCGUAUUGCUGGGCCACGGGACUCAGAUGGCCUGAUAGAGCUAGGCGCAAAAGUUAGACAAGACGAAGGCGUUGUCGAGUUCACCUUUAAGUCUGUGUUCUACAAAGGCGACGGGCCGGGGCAGCCGAUGCCGGACUUGAUCCAAUGGCUGCAUCGGUUGUACACCAAACUCCUGGUGGAGUCGGCACUGAAGAAUGUGCGCAAGUAG